AUGACUUCGUUGAUCAUGGAGAAAUUGUUUCUUUUAGCAUUUCUUGAUCUUCUGUUAGCUUUCCUAUUGAUGUCUCAGCCCGCCAUUUGUUCCAGCAACUUCACUGAUCAAGAUGCUCUCCUCCACUUCAAAUCCGCCAUCGAGGUCGACCCGACGAACAUGGUCAAAGGCAGGAAUUGGACCGCGGAAGCAAACUUCUGCGAAUGGAUCGGUGUCGUUUGCAGCAACCGCAGGCAGAGAGUCGCGGCCUUAGACCUCUCCUACAUGGGUCUCCAGGGAAGACUGUCUCCUUACUUGGGCAAUCUCUCUUUCCUGGCUUCUCUUGAUCUUCGCAGCAACAGUUUCUACGGCCCGAUUCCGCCAGAGAUUGGUCAUUUAAGCCGCCUGAAAGAACUCAUACUCCAAUCAAACCAGUUUGAAGGAAACAUUCCUCCUAACUUAGUCCAGUGCCGAAAUCUUGAAGUGAUGACGCUCGCGUUGAACCAGCUAACAGGUGGCAUACCAAGAGAAUUUGGCGGCUUCCCUGAGUUGCAACAACUGUUUCUUAGCUACAAUCCCUUACAGGGUCAAAUUCCGAGCUCCCUGGGCAACAUAUCCACAUUGCAGGUCAUUGUUUUGGUCAUGAACAAUCUUGCAGGAAGUCUUCCUUCCGAUCUUUGCUAUCGUUGGCCUAACAUUCAGAGGCUUUCGCUGGCUUAUAACCAACUCAGUGGUCUGCUACCAGAGACGCUAACGCAAUGCAAAGAGCUUCUCGAGUUGUCGUUGUCGUUCAAUCAUUUUCAGGGAAGCAUUCCUCGAGACAUAGACAGCUUGCAAAAGCUGCAGAAGCUCUAUCUCGGUACUAACAACCUGACUGGCACAAUUCCUCGAGCCAUCGGUAACAUGUCAAGCUUGCACUUGCUGUACACAGAACAUAACAGCAUCGGAGGUAACAUUCCAAGUGAGAUUGGCAAGUUGGUCAAUCUGAAUUCAAUGAGCCUUGAGGAUAAUCUGCUAACGGGUGAAAUACCUCAAGAGGUUUUUAACAUUUCUUCGCUACAACUGCUUUCUUUGAUGGACAAUUCCCUCUCCGGAAGCCUUCCCUCAAGUAGCGAAUUAAGCCUUCCGAAAUUGGAAAAACUCUAUCUAGCAAACAAUGGCUUUGGCGGCAACAUCCCGCAGUAUUUCUCGAAUUUUUCGAGCCUAGUCAUUUUUUAUGCUGGGAACAAUCGACUCAGCGGACCGAUACCCAUGAAUCUGGGCAACUUGAAGAACCUCAGAUACUUUGCGGUUCAGUCAAAUCAGCUAACAGGUGAGACUUAUGGUUCAGAGCUGGGUUUUCUCUCUGCUUUAUCUAAUUGCCAAUCACUGCAAACCUUGGUUCUGGAAGAAAAUCCGCUUGGCGGCUUCAUACCAGAAUCUAUCAAAAACUUCUCGAGUUCCCUACAAAUUCUAUUCGCUCCCAAUUGUCAAAUAAGAGGUCACAUUCCCACCCAAAUGGGUUUCUUGAAGAACUUGACUUUCCUACAGUUGAGUGAUAAUGAUCUGGACGGCAACAUCCCAUCAUCAAUCGGAGGACUAGAAAGCCUGCAAAGGCUGCAUCUUGAUAACAACCAUCUCGAAGGACCGAUCCCCGACGAGAUAUGCAACUUGACAAAUUUAGGAGAGUUGCUGCUCCGGCAAAAUAGGAUAUCGGGAUUGAUCCCCAAUUGCAUUGGAAACCUGAGCAGCCUUCAAAAGUUUCUUGUAAGUUCGAAUAACAUGACAUCAGUUAUACCGGUAAGUCUGUGGAGCCUUCAACAACUAAUCUUCCUCAAUCUGUCACUCAAUUCUUUCAAUGGAGGACUACCACUUGACAUGGGGAAAAUGACAGCUAUACAAAGCAUCGAUCUUUCUUGGAACCGACUAACCAGCACCAUUCCGAGUUCCAUCCAGGAAUUGAAGAGCCUUUCUUCUCUCAACUUUUCGAGGAACCUGUUUCAAGGAUCCAUACCGCAAUCGAUUGGCGACCUCAAAGGAUUGGAUUUCCUCGAUCUCUCCUACAAUGAGUUAUCAGACGCCAUACCGGAGUCCAUGGAAGGACUGACAUAUCUGCAACAUUUGAACUUGUCCUUUAAUAAGCUAUCAGGAAAGAUUCCUAAUGGAGGGCCCUUUGGAAAUUUUUCGGCUCUCUUUCAUUGGAAAUGA